UGCUCGUUGUCUGUUGUCCUGUGUCUAUGAUGCAAGAACAAUCAGCGGACAUGUUCAAAAAAAUAGAAUUUGAAAAUGGUACCUUUCUCAGUGAAGAGGAUUUUAAACAUAUCAAUGGGGACAUGUCAUUUAUGCCGGACAUGUGUGUGAUUGAAAACUUCCUUGUGGAUGAAGAUACUUUAGAUGCUGCUGUCAAGUAUACUCCGGAAACUGAGACAUUUGUUCCCACGUCGCCUAUAGGACCUCCGGAGACAGCAAGCUUUCCUGGAUAUCUAAAUUUUGGUGUGGAAAUAAAAGGUUCCGAGACUGAUAAGAAAAAGUUCAUGUACUCCGCGCGGCUGAACCGCAUCUACGUGGACAUGGGCGUGGAGUUCCCGGUGCACUUCACGUGGGACACGCGCAAGCAGCACGCGCUGUCGCCGCACGUCGACCUGUACGUGCGCGCCACCGUCGUCUUCUCUGACGACGCGCAGGCGGAGAAGCGCGUCGAGCGAUGUCUGCAGCACGCGCACGAACCCAACAACCCCGGCGACGAGGCGAUAGUGCGCAACGUGCUGCGGUCUGCGCGCGCGCUGGGCACCGCGGGGGUGCACUACUGCGGCGCGGCGCGGCGGCCCGACUCCUGGCUGUCGGUGCUGGUGCGUCUGCCGCAGCCCGCGCCCCACGCCUACCAGUUCGUCUGCAAGAACUCCUGCUCCUCCGGCAUCAACAGGCGCAACACCGCCAUCGUCUUCACUCUCGAGGAUCACCUCGGUCAGAUCCUGGGGCGGCAGAGUGUGGGCGCGCGCGUCUGCGCCUGUCUGAAGCGCGACAUGCGCCGCGACGAGGACGAGCUGGGCAAGGGCAAGCGUCGCCUCGCCUCCGCACCCGCACUGCCCGGACAGCCCGGACAACCGGACACCUGCAAGAAGGUCAAGAUCGAGGUCCCCGAGGCCGACGACGAGCUCAUCACGCUGCCCAAGCUGCAGAUAAAGGGCGUGAAGACGGUGGUGACGGGGCUGGAGGUGAUGCAGCGCAUGAUGGAGCUGAGCGGGGGCGAGGCUGCGCGCCGCAAGGACCAGCGCGCCGCAGAGGAGUACGCGAGCUGCCUCGCCAGCCUCACACACGCCCUCGACAACCUCAAGAAGAGCCUCGCCCGCACACAGACACAGUAGUGUAUGUCCGCUCCACACGGAGCCGGUAAGUGCCAACUAGAGGAGUGCCUUAGUAUAGGUUAAGUAUUAUUCGUAGUAAAGAUAUGUUUAAAUUGCUAUAUUUGAUUACUUGUGUAACCAUUUGUCUGAUUAGUACAAUUUGAUACAAUUUAUUUGAUCAUCAAAAUUCGUCCAUCAUUCCUAAUUGAAGAUUUUUUUAUGUUAGCUUUGUGCACUUCCUGAUUCUUUAACUCUGUCAAAUUCCACCUUCAUCAGUUCACGUUAUUUCCUCUAAAAGGAGUGCAAAGUUGCAAACUUAAUUACAAAAUUAUAUCCCG